ACAGGAUCCGUGGCGGCUGUCAGUGGAAAUUCUCGGAAGAAAAUCGUAAACAACCGGAUCGCCGAGAUUACGGAGUAGCAUAAUUAGUUUGUAAAAGUGGAGUAGGUUAAAGUAUUAAAAAAGGAUGGCUCUUCGUCAGGCGCUGGUGCGAGCGGUGGUUGCCAGAAGCCAGAACCGCGCAUACAGCACCAGGAUCUCGUCUACUUUGUACAGCAAUCGAUUGUAUGAACCGGAUUACUUAGAUUCAAUGAAGCCCAAAUAUCCACUGUACGAGACGCUCAACUUUACCAUCAAAGGCUACGACUUUCCCGUGCUCGAGAGUUACCAGAAGUUGAUCUAUAACGUGGCAGACUCGAUGGACCUGGACAUAGUGGAUGCGUACGCCCAUCCACCGCAAAAGCUGACCGUUCAAAAGUUCAAACCCAGCUCGAGCGUCAUCGAUAGCGAGUACAAGCUGACGGUGUACGAGCGUACGGUGCAGAUUGAUAACGUGCAGGCACCGCUGUAUCCCGUCCUCCUGCGAACACUACAGGCCGGGCUUCCCGAGGGGGUCACGUUGAACGUGACGGAACAUACGCCUGACCAUGAAGACGCCCGUUACGUGCCGGAUCGGGAUUUGAAGGAGCUAAAGCAACAGUUAGACGAAAUGGGUGGACCUACCAAAUCUAAAAAAUAAAGUAGAACCCCCAGAGGGGGCGCGAA